AUGAAGGAGGAGUAUUCUUGGUUCGCCGACCGAAGCCUAAGUCUGGAGACAGAGUUCGAACAGACUAAACAGAACUUGGUAAACACUGAGCUCGACCUGAAGGAAGAACGUAGAAAACGGGAGAUAGAAAGUGAGAAGUGGGAGAUGGAGACCAGAGAGUUGGAGAGAGAGCUUCAGCUUUGCCAGAGUCGUCUUAAACAGAUGGGAACAGACAGAGCGAUCCAAAACAAGCCAUCCACCUGCGAAACACAGACACAGACUGUCACGAUGCAGCAGCUGGACUGGAUAGAAACGGAAAACAUGGAAGAAGAACGUCACAGUUUGGAGAAGUCUCUGCACGACAAAGAGGUGGAGUUUGAGAGUGAGCGGAGAAAGCUCAAAGAGGAACUGGAACAAGCCCACGACAAACUGAAACAGCAGAAGAUUUCACAGAAGACGUUCUUACAGGAGCACCUGGAGGAACUCAGGGUUUUCAACAAGUUCUUAGAGGAGGAAGUGGCUGUUCGCAAGAGUUUGGAGAAACAAAAUAGAGACUUCUAA